GGGAAGAUUAUAGUGGAGCGGCUUACUGUAGUCAAAUAGCUUCGAUUGGCCUGUAGGUAUUUCUGAAGACAUCGCUAACAAGCUGUGGCAUGCCUUUACAAAAACAAAAGAAAAGAUGAAAAGACGCAAGGAACCGAAGAGGUCACGAGGAAUCGCUUUUCUUUCUUUCUCUUUUGCAAUAUAAACAAAAGUAAACACCAGUAAUGAAAACUUAUAAAGCCAUUAAGUACACUCUGUUUGUAUGCUGUUACAUAUUCUGGGUGGCAAGUGGUGUUCUGAUAUCUGUUGGCAUUUAUGCGAAAGUUGCAAAAGAAAACGAUGUGGUGGACACUUUGACUACCGAUCCAGCUCUUUUGCUGCUCGCCGUGGGAUCGCUUAUGUUUCUAAUAACAUUUCUUGGGUGUUUUGGAGCUCUGCGCGAUGGUUCAGUACUGCUGAAAAUGUUUUUAGGAAUUUUACUGGUCGUCUUCCUGCUGCAAAUCACUGCUGCUGUUUUGGGCUUUCUCUUCUCUGACAUGGUGUUAGCAAGGACAGAAUUGCUAAUGAAGAAAGCCAUUGCAUUGUAUAGAGAAGAUAUGGACUUAGAAAAUGUGAUUGACUUUGUUCAGAAAAAGUUCCUGUGUUGUGGAGUGGAUUACUACACAGACUGGUCUCAGAAUGCAUAUUUUAACUGCUCUGAUAAUAACCCCAGUCUAGAGGCAUGUGGAGUACCCUUCUCCUGCUGUGUACGACAACUACAUGAGACUGUGUUCAAUUCCAUGUGUGGCUACGAGAGUCAGAGGAAGGAAGAAUCCUCAAUCAGGAAACAUAUUCACACCCACGGCUGCUUGGCGAAGAUAGUACUGUGGGGGGAGCAGAACCUUUCGCUGGUGGGAGGGAUCAGCAUCAGCUCACUCUGCCUGGAGAUCUGCAUGAUCUCACUGGCAGCUGCUCAGAUUGGUCAAAUUCAAAAAGUGCAAGACAAGAGGAAGCAGGUGGAAAGUCGAACAGCACUUCGUUCAGAAGGUGACUCAAGCUUUUGAAAGUCUUAAACUCAGUCCUUGCAGGGAAAAUCUAUUGCAGUUCCAUGAAUGCAACAACUAAUUUGUAAUUUACACACAAAGCUUGUUAAAAUGUGAAUGUAAUGUGAAAUAUUCUGUUUGUAGAAUAGGUAUUUAAAAUUAAGGCUGAUUCAAGAAACAAAAAAUGACAAAUCUUUCAAGUUUUUCAAUUCCUGUGAAUAAGCCCUUUCAAAAUGUUAAAUGUUUUAAUGUGAAUAAAUUCAUUUGCAGUAUUCUAUUUUUUUUUACAUCAUAUCACUCUACUUGGAUCUUAUUUUUUUUAAGAAAGCAUUUUGUCCAACUACCAGGAUGAAUAACAACUAUCUAUGAAAACCCCAUGCACAUAUUUCUCAUAGCAGGACACAUGUGUUGGAUUGUUUCAUCUUGAGCAUGUUCAUAAAGUUAAACUGUGCCGGAUUAUAAUCAUGGACUCCUUUGAGAUAGGAGUGGGGUCGCUCAAGGACCUUUUCACGUGAAGUCACACGAUAAUGUGCCCUGAAGUUCCGGAGCGGGUUGUAGCUUGGUGACAGACUGUCAGGACAACGGAAGCCCUCCUUAAUAUAAGACCCAUGCUGUGAGAUGGCUACAAAGCCGUCCUUAUAGGGGGUGAUUUUCAUGAUCGUGGCAUACACAUACUG